CGGCCGCUCGGAAAACGUGGCGAGCGGAACCAGCACGCGGAAGCGCCGGCCGCACUGAGCAUGCCCAGUGGCAGAGCCGACCAGAGGAGUUUUUUCUUUUCUUUCUUUUUUCCUCCCUUUUUUCUUUUUCUUUUUCUUUUUCUGGGUCUCCAGAAGGAGGCCCGCCCCCCACCCUCAGCUCAACCCCCGCCGCCCCUGGCCUGAGCAGCUAACCAUGGCCGUGGUCCCCGGUGCCGCGUUGUCCCAGGCGGGUUGGUAUCUUUCAGAUGAAGGCAUUGAAGCUUGUACAAGUUCUUGUGACAAAGUCAACAUAAAUGACAUCAUCCUGAUUGCUCUCAAUACAGAUUUGAGAACAAUUGGCAAGAAAUUCCUUCCCAGUGACAUCAAUGGUGGAAAGGUAGAAAAGCUUGAAGGUCCAUGUGUUUUGCAAAUUCAAAAAAUUCGCAAUGUUGCUGCACCAAAGGAUAAUGAGGAAUCUCAGGCUGCACCAAGGAUGCUGCGUUUGCAGAUGACUGAUGGUCAUACAAGUUGUACAGCAGUAGAGUUUAGCUACAUUUCAAAGAUAAGCCUGAACACACCACCUGGUACUAAAGUGAAGCUCUCAGGCAUUGUUGAUAUAAAAAAUGGAUUCCUGCUCUUGAAUGACUCUAACACCACAGUUCUUGGCGGUGAAGUGGAACACCUGAUCGACAAAUGGGAGUUACAGAGAAGUUUAUCAAAACAUAAUAGAAGCAAUAUUGGAACUGAAGGUGGACCACCUCCUUUUGUACCUUUUGGACAGAAAUGUGCAUCUAAUGUCCAUGUGGAUAGCAAAGAACUUGAUCGAAGAAAAACAUUACAAGUUACAAUGCCUGUGAAGCCUGCAAAUGACGAUGAAUUUGAAAAGCAAAGGACUGCUGCAAUUGCAGAAGUUGCAAAGAGCAAAGAAACAAAGACAUUUGGAGGAGGUGGAGGUGGUGCCAGAAGUAGUCUCAACAUGGGCGUUGUUGGUAACCGAACUAGGGAUGUUUUACAAAAAGAAAAGUCUUCCAAAUCAGAGGGGAAACAUGAAGGUGUCUAUAGAGAACUGGUUGAUGAGAAGGCACUGAAGCACAUAACAGAAAUGGGCUUCAGUAAGGAAGCAUCAAGGCAAGCUCUUAUGGAUAAUGGCAACAACUUAGAAGCAGCAUUGAAUGUACUUCUUAACAGCAAUAAGCAGAAACCUGUUAUGGGACCACCUCCUAGAGGUAGAGGAAAAGGCAGGGGUCGUGGAAGAUCUGAAGAUGAAGAGGACCUGGGAAAUGCAAGGCCAUCAGCACCAAGCACAUUAUUUGAUUUCUUGGAAUCUAAAAUGGGGACUUUGACUGUGGAAGAACCUAAGUCACAGCCACAGCACCUUCAUCAAGGACAGCACAGAAUGUCAAAUACUGAACAGAAUGGAAUAAAAGAUAGUAAUCAACCAAGACAUCUUCCUCGAAAUGAUACCAGGCAGCUGAGAAAUGAAAAACCUCCUCGUUUUCAAAGAGACACUCACAAUUCAAAGUCAGCUUUAGAAGUCAGCACAUUACCUAGAAAUAGAGGUUCUGAAAGGCUGGGUAGUUCUUAUGGUUCUGAAGUGUGGUCAGAAGAAAGAAUUAAGUGCGAUAGACCAUAUUCUAGAUAUGACAGAACUAAAGAUGCUGCGUAUCCUUUAAGUUCUCAGCACAAUGAUGGUGCAUUUAAAAAAAGAGAUAACUCUAUGCAAAGCAGAUCAGGAAGAGGACCAUUGUAUGUAGAGGCAAAAGAAAAUCCACUUCCUCAAGAAUUCAUAGAUUAUAGUAAUCAAAAACGUGGGAAAAGAGAAAACCAAACAGGUAAUCCUGAUCAUUUUUAUGACAGGAAAUCACGGACAAUAAAUAAUGAAGCUUUCAGUGGUGUGAAAAUUGAAAAACAGUUUAGUAUAAAUACUGAUUACCAGAAUCCUGUCCGAAGUAAUAGUUUUGUUGGUGUUCCAAAUGGAGAAACAGAAAUGUCACUGAAAGGAAGACGAGUAGGACCGAUUAAGCCAGUAGGACCUGUCUCGGCUGUACCCUAUGAUGAAAAAGUAUUUUAUAAUAGUGGGCCCAAAAGAAGAUCUGGGCCAAUUAAGCCUGAAAAAGUGAUAGAAUCAUCUAUUCCUAUGGAGUAUGCAAAAGUGUGGAAACCCGGAGAUGAAUGCUUUGCACUUUAUUGGGAAGACAACAAGUUUUACCGAGCAGAAGUUGAAGCCCUCCAUUCUUCUGGUAUGACAGCAGUUGUUAAAUUCAUUGAUUACGGAAACUAUGAAGAGGUGCUACUAAGCAAUAUCAAGCCCAUUCAAACAGAGGCAUGGGAAGAAGAAGGCACCUAUGAUCAAACCAUCGAGUUCCGUAGAGGAGGUGAUGGCCAGCCACGACGAUCCACUCGGCCAACCCAGCAGUUUUACCAACCUCCUCGGGCUCGGAACUAAAUACAAAG